GCGCUCACCUCCCAUCUUCACCGACUUGUCUCCGCCGCGGAUGCCCCGUCAGAUCUCGUUCCGCCCCCAACCCUAACCGCCGGCGGUGGCCAUGAUGGCCACCGAGCCCUUGUCCCCGGGGAAGUCCCCCGCCGCCGACGACCUCGAAACCCUACCCCUCGACUCCUCCUCCUCCUCCAGUGUCGCGGCCACGACCGACCCCUUGCUCCGCCCGCCUCCUUCCCCCUCGUCCGCCACCUCCUCUCCCACCGCCGGCGCGAACCACGGUCCGUUCGUGGACGAGGAGGAGGAGGAGGAGGACGAUGUGGAUGGCGUCACUCCAGCGUCCGCUCCCCGCACCGCGGCGGCCGCGACGUCCCGCGAGGCGUCCCCGGUGUUCGCUGAGAUCACUGUCUCCGAGCCUAGGAAGCACACGGAGCCCGCUACCGGAGCCGUGGGCGUCAUCCCUGGCUCGGCCAGCUACGUGUCCUACCUUGUCGCCACCCGGGCGUCCGACGGCGGCGAAUUCCGCGUUCGGCGGCGCUUCCGCGACGUCGUGGCGCUCGCCGACCGACUCGCGGAGGCCCACCGCGGCCUCUUUGUCCCCGCGCGGCCCGACAAGAGCAUCGUAGAGGGGCAGGUUAUGCAGAGGCACGACUUCGUGAACCAGCGGUGCGUCAUGAUCCAGCGCUACCUCCGCCGCCUCGCCGCGCACCCCGUCGUCGGCCGCAGCGCCGACCUCCACGCCUUCCUCACCGAGCCUAGCGGCAUCCCCACUUCAGACGGCGAGUCGCCUAGGUGGAGCCCCGCAAUGAGUGCUGCCACGUCCAUGGCUGCUGCUCCAGCAACGCCUACGAAGAGUGGGAGGGACUUCUUUGGGGUGUUCAAGGACCUGAAGCAGACAGUGACGAAUGGGUGGGUGGCAGUGAGGCCGCCUCCAGUGGAGGAGGAGACUGACACCAGGUACCUUGCGCACAAAGCCAAGCUUGAGGACUUGGAGCAGCAUCUGGUGACAGCAUCUCAGCAGGCAGAGGUGCUUGUCAAAUCUUAUGAUGAUCUUAGAGCAACAACAGGUCUCUUGGGAAUGUCAUUCAUCAAACUGGCAAAGUUCGAAAAGGAGAAGGCUACGUGUGAUUCUCAGAAAAGACGAGCGGCUGAUAUCAGUAAUUUUGCAAAUGCUGUUGUUAGAGUUAGCAGAUCACAGACAAAAUUAAAUGCUGGAAUUGUAAAACAUCUGGGCAUUAUCCACGAAUACAUGGAGACAAUGGCUGCUAUUCACAAUGCAUUUGCUGAUCGUUCCAGCGCUUUGCUUCGUGUGCAAAAUUUGUCAGCGGAUCUAUAUUUCCUGCAUACCCGGGCGGAGAAACUUGAAACUGUAUCAUCGAGAGGAAUGGAUCAGGAGAGAUCAAGGUAUCAAAAGAUAGAAGAGCUGAAAGAAACAAUAAGAGCUACAGAAGAUGCAAAAACACAUGCACUAAAAGAGUUGGAACAUAUCAAGGAAAACAACAUGACUGAAAUUAAAAGAUUUAACAAGGAAAGACACCAUGAUUUGGUGGAAAUGCUGAAAGGUUUUGUAUCAGAUCAGGAACAUGCUUCAUCUGCCCUGACUACUGUUGAAAGGCAAAACAACCGAGACUUCCAAGAGUCUUCUAUACCAACCACCACAAGCUGCUCCGCCUCUCUUGAGGCCCUCCAUUUCUCCCCAUCACCGGGGCAACGGCGGCGCGGGCGCGGCGCGCGCCUCUGGCGUCGCGUCAGCGGGAGGAGAAUGCUGCCGCACGCGCCUUCCCGAGCCCCGGGGGCCUUCAGGUUCAAACCCCACCUCGCCGCCAAGCCGCCGCUCCUCACCUCCACCCCCGCCUCCGCCUCCGCCUCCUCUCGCGGCAUCCUCUGCGUGGCCCCCUCCGCCGCCACCACGCGCCGCAACCUCCUCGUCCUCGUCCCCUCGCUGGUCGCGGCGUCCACCGUCCUCCAGUCCCUCCCGCUCGCGGCCUCCGCCGAGGCAGGCGAUGAAAAGCCGGUCCCGCCGCCGCCGCCGCCGGCGACCGCGGGUCCGGCUUCACCUCCGCCUCCCGCGGACGAGCCGGCGCUGUCGAGGGUCUACGACGCCACGGUCAUCGGGGAGCCGCAGGCCGUGGGGAAGGACGCGCGGCGGAGGGUGUGGGAGAAGCUCAUGGCGGCCCGGGUGGUGUACCUCGGCGAGGCCGAGCUCGUGCCCGACCGCGACGACAGGGUGCUCGAGCUAGAGAUUGUCAGGAAGCUCGCCGCUGGCUGUGCCGAGGCUGGGAGGAGCAUCUCGCUCGCGUUCGAGGCCUUCCCCUGCGACCUCCAGGAGCAGCUCAACCGGUUUAUGGACGGGAGAAUUGAUGGCAACACCUUAAGGCUUUAUACAUCUCACUGGGCACCAGAGCGAUGGCAGGAGUACGAACCUCUUCUCAGCUACUGCCGUGAUAAUGGAAUAAAGCUUGUUGCCUGCGGAACCCCACUUGAGGUGGUAAGAACUGUCCUAGCGGAAGGAAUUAGAGGCCUUUCAAAAGCUCAAAAAAAGCUAUAUGCUCCUCCAGCUGGCUCAGGCUUCAUUUCUGGCUUUACAUCCAUCUCAGGCCGAUCAUUGAUAGACAAGAUUCCAUCAGCUCGUGGUUCCCCUUUUGGCCCAAGCUCAUAUUUAUCAGCACAGGCAAGAGUGGUUGAUGAUUAUACCAUGUCCCAGACAAUAAUGAAAGAAAUUACUAAUGGCGAUCCUUCAGGGAUGCUCGUUGUUGUAACUGGUGCCAGUCAUGUUAUGUACGGGCCACGAGGAGUUGGUGUUCCUGCUAGAAUAUCUAAAAAGAUGAAAAAGAAAAACCAAGUUGUGAUACUUCUUGAUCCUGAGAGACAAAGUAUAAGGAGAGAAGGUGAAAUCCCUGUAGCUGAUUUCUUAUGGUACUCUGCUGCCAAGCCAUGCAGUCGAAAUUGCUUUGAUCGUGCUGAAAUUGCUAGAGUUAUGAAUGCUGCUGGUAGGAGACGUGAAGCUUUACCUCAGGAUCUUCAGAAAGGAAUAGAUCUCGGUGUAGUUUCUCCUGAGAUAUUGCAGAACUUUUUUGACCUUGAAAAAUACCCUGUUAUGGCUGAAUUGAUUCACCGAUUCCAAGGUUUCCGUGAAAGGUUGCUGGCAGAUCCCAAGUUUCUGCAUAGAUUAGCUAUUGAAGAGGGCAUAUCAAUAACUACGACUCUUCUAGCGCAAUAUGAAAAACGGAAGGGAAAGUUUUUUGAAGAGAUCGACUACGUUCUCACUGAUACAAUUAGAGGUUCUGUUGUUGACUUCUUUACAGUGUGGCUUCCUGCGCCUACUAUUUCACUCUUAUCUUUUGCCGACGAUAACUCUGGUGAGAGCGUGGAGCUUCUGAAAGGACUUUUAGGGACACUGCCAGAUAAUGCAUUUCAAAAAGGUAUUGUAGGGCAGAAUUGGAGCAUUAACCAGAGAUUUGCAUCAGUGCUUAUGGGUGGUAUUAAACUUGCCGGUGUUGGAUUCAUUUCUAGUAUUGGAGCUGGAGUUGCUUCAGAUGUCUUAUAUGGUGCUCGUCAAAUUCUGAAACCUUCUGCAAGUAUGGAAGUGGGGCGCAAAAGAUCUCCAAUUUGGAAAGCAGCAACUGUUUAUAGUUGCUUCCUUGGAACGUCAGCGAACCUGCGAUAUCAGGUCAUAGCUGGUCUGAUUGAGCAUCGGCUAGGAGAGGAUCUGAUGGCCCACUAUAACCAGCCACUUCUUGCUAGUUUGUUAUCCUUUGUUUCAAGGAUAAUUAAUUCAUACUGGGGAACGCAGCAAUGGAUCGAUCUUGCACGAGCUACAGGUGUGCAGAGUACUAAGAAAGAGUUACCUCCUCCUGAGGUUCCAAACUCAACUGAAAUGCCACUCCUAGAAUGUGGCACAACAGAUGUACAGAAUGUGGAUGACAGCACCAACCAAUCAAAUGACUUGACGUAGUCAUGACACGAUGCCCCAAUUUGGUGUGGCCAUACAACACAAAGAGCAGCUCCUUCUGUAACAAAACGUACAUGGUACAGUCGUACAGGCAUAUAGAUAAGAAGUCUUCUUAGAGCAAGAUUGAAGCUUAGCCAUUGCAUGAUGUGAAGCGACAAAUCUGAAAUUCUGAAGAGCAAAGCUUUGACGACUGUCACGUCAUUGUGAUCAGAAAGCCAUUUACACCCUUAUGGGGCGAAUACUGUUUGUACAUUCGCAGAGGAAGGAUUUUGAAACCUGUACAGCAUCUUUACACGUGAAAUUCAACCCAAGAACAAUCAUGGGUUGCGUUCGUCAAGGAUCAGAAUUGUCGUCUGUGAGAACCUAGUAUGCACUUGAAUUCAGAGCACAUAUAAAAUUUUCCUGUCUGAGCGGAUUGUUCCA